AUGUCUCUUCCCCAAGCUCAGAAGGAUAUCGCUAACAAGCCGGCGGCGAACUCCGUCGUCGACCCCGUCGACAAAAAGACGAUGGCCGCGGACGUCGACCGAAAGCUCCGCUUCUAUGGCGUCGUCAGGGCCUUUAGCGAGUCCCGUAUGCCCUCCAACGAGCAGAUCGACCGCUUCCUCAAGUACUGCCUCGAGCACUCCCCCGUCGACACCAACGAUCUCUCCCCCGAAGGCUGCCGUCUGAUCCAGGACACGCGUGACAUCAUCGAAACCGCGCGCCUCAUGGUCCAGCAGAAGAACGCCGACGAGCUCUUCCAGAACUUCAUCUGGCAUACGCGCGACGUCGACGUCGACCAGGCCAAGAAGGACCCGAACGAGGUCAUUCCCGUCGACAAGGAGAAGGCCAAGGGCGACGGCCGCCAGGCGGUCCAGCACCUCCGCACCCUCCUCUCGCUCGUCAUGACCAACGCCGAGGUCCGGAAACUCCUCUCGGACUUCUCGGUCAUCGGCCGCGACAUCCUUGCGCGCACCGCGAGCAAGGUUGCCGACAAGGCGCGUCCCGACGAGGAGCGUCUUCGCCAGAUCGACGACACCGCGCCACGGAACCAGUUCGUGUCCGAGGGCGGGCGUGUUGUUAGUCCCGAUGAAACUCCGGUGUUGGAGGCUCGCAUCCCUGGUACGAACACCACAGUCGCUCAGCAUCCUCGUGAGGAGUUGGGCCACGGAGCCAAGGUUACGACAGGCAACGGCGAGACCUUGAGCGGCGCUCAGGCGAAGGACGAGGCUCAGAGACGCGCCAACGAGACGACUGAUCGAGCUAGGGCCGAGGGUCAGCGCCAGGCGGACGAGCUCAAUGACACCGUGAACGGCGAUGCUGUUCCUAGCGACCGCGAAGAUGCGGAGGCGAAGAAGUCUGGCUUGAUGAACAAGCUUCGUGGGUACCGAGACAACCUCACCGACCGCAUUCCUCAGGAGCAUAAGGACCGUGCCAACGAUCACUACGACCGCGCCAAGGGGGUCCUACUUGACGAGUACUUCCCUGAGGAGCGUCGGGACCAAUUCAUUUACCGGGGCAAGAAGAUUAUUGUCGAGUGCCAGAAUCACAAGGACUACCAGGAAUCGAUCACAUGGCUGCUUGACUUCUUGGAGGAGUAUGCCGCCCACGGCAAGUCCGUGGCUGGUCACGGCAAGGAUUCUCACCAGCAGCUCACCUCCGACCCUGCUGUUCAGCAGGCUACCACGGAGCUUCGCACCCUCCUGGAGCGAUUUGCCAAUGGACUAAGCCUCAGCAUUAUUGGCGAUGCCAUGCAGGCGCUUUACAACGACGCUCAGCAGGAUGAGGACCUCAGGAACUGGUUCCGCUCUGUAGAUGCCUAUGUUCGCAAGGUUUUACUGGAGCCCGGUUUCGUUCUCGAACCGAAGUGCAACGAUGACGCAAACAGCCUGCGCGAGAGCGGUCGUCAGUUCUACGAUGAAAAGUACAAGGGUCACUUCGACAACCUCUUCAACGCCGCCGGUGACUGGUUCCGUGCUCUGGGCGAGGACCCGCUUAACAAGAGGUUCGGAGAGGACUGGGCGCGCCUCACGAAGGACCUCCUGUUCGACAGCGAGGGCAGCCUCAAAUUCAAGCCCGAGCUUUGGCUGGACAUCCGCAAGGUCAUCCUCCCGAGCAUCAUCGAUCAAAUCGGCUAUGUCCCCAUCCCGCGUAUCGAGUACACUGACGAUGCCCUCGAUCUCGUCAUUGAGAAUCUCGCGCUUUCCGGCCGCAACCUCUUCCCCAACGUCGUCAGCAUGGAGGCGCAUAACUACAUCCGCUUCAGCCCGUAUAACGCUAUCACGGAUGAGCAACACCACGAGUUCAUUUUGACUUUCGGUCAGAUCCAGGCGGACAUGCGCGAUGUGGCCUUCUACUUCAAAAAGAAGAGUGGCUUCCCCAAGUUGUCCGACUCGGGUCUCGCGGACGUCCUUCUCGGUGGCGAGGGCCUUACCAUCACCGCGCACAUCGCGUCCGCCGACAAGGAUAAGUCGAGCGUCUUCAAGGUCAAGAACGUGAACGUCAAGGUCGGCACGCUCAAGUUCUCGAUCCGCGACUCGAAGCACGACGUGCUGUACAAGACCCUCCGCCCGCUCGCGACCGGCCUCGUCAAGAAGCAGCUCCAGAAGGCCAUCGCUGACGCCGUCAAGACCGGGCUGGAGUACAUCGACGGACAGCUCGUUGGCGUACGCGACCGCAUGGUAGAGGCCAAAGCGGACGAGAACAAGUCUCAGACUCAGGUUCUAGCCGAGAUGUUCCAACGCAACAAGGAGCAGGCCGGAUCUGUCAAGUCAAAGGGUGAUGAGAAGGGCUCGCACUUCAAGGUCGUGUCGCGCCGCGAUUCGGCUUUGAUCCCUGACAAGGGUCACCCUGCUGGUUGGGCGAACCGCACUCAGGAGCGGGAGGAGGCUGCUCAGCGUGGGACCGACUGGCGUAGCGACGCGUUCAGCGUCGUCUAAGCCACGUAUAUCCUUAUUCUCGGACUGUAAAACCCACGAUUCCCAAGCGACGCCUCCUGCGAUAUACCUAUCUUUCCUUCGCUCCUCAUCAUGUCUCUCCAUUCAUUUCGUCUUGCUUUGGAUCCUUCGCGCAGUCACGACUUUUGACGACUAUGCAUGCACUACCUUUGU